AGAGCAGACGAGCAGAGAGAGAAAAUAAUUCCUGGUUGUGGAAAUGGGCAACGGAGAUGUGGAAUUUGAAACAUUUCUGAUCCAGGUCCAGCCACUGUUUACCCUGCAGUCAGGCUAUGACAUCAGAGCGAGGACUUUAUAAAAGUGCAUGUGCACAGAGCCAGGCAGUGAGCAAACAGUAACACAAGUAGAAAAUCUUAUUGUGGAAGAGCAUGAUGGACAAGAUACAGAGAGACAGAAACAUCCUGAUGGCAUGGGCAUUGCUGUUUUACCUAGGCUCACAGAGCCUGGGAAUACUUACCGUGUGCUGUCAGCAAUGUGGAGGCCCUUGUCAGUGCCAAGGCUCUGUACCAGUCUGCCCAGAGGGAGUUCCUCUCAUUCUCGAUGGGUGCCAGUGCUGCCAGGUGUGUGCCCGGCAGCAGGGCGAGGCCUGCAGUGAGGUGUUUCCAUGUGACAGUCAGCGCGGGCUGCAAUGUGACUACAGUGCCAGCUUCCCUGGUGACCCAGGAGAGUGUGUCAGCCAGAAGGAGCUGGGCUGUGAGCAUAAUGGAGUCUCUUACCAGGAAGGCCAGGUAUUCCAGCCCUCUUGUGCUCUUCAGUGCCGUUGUUCGGGCGGAGGGGUGACCUGUGUGCCCCGGUGCAGUGAGGAUGUUCUCCUGCCCACCCCAGACUGCCCUCAUCCUCGUAGGGUUCAGCAACCAGGAAAAUGCUGUAAAGAGUGGGUGUGUGAAAAUAUGGACAACACAGUGCUUCAGGACGCUCAUAUAGCUUCCAGAAGUGACCAGACAUUGCCUGCAGAUCCUGGAUACCAAACCAGACCCGGCUCAAACUGCAUAGACCAGAGCUCCGAGUGGAGUGCUUGUUCGCUGACCUGCGGGUCUGGAAUAUCCACACGGGUGUCCAAUCAAAACCCAUCCUGUCGCUUGGAGAUGCAGAUCCGCUUGUGUAUGAUCCGACCCUGUCAGCCUGUUCUCCAUAGAACCCCACAGUGGUCAAGGAGGAAAUGUCAACCCAGCUACAGGUCAGCAACCCCAGUUCGGCUUUUCCACCAGGGCUGCUAUAGUACACAGUUCUAUAGGCCUCGUUAUUGUGGCUCAUGUACAGACAGCCGUUGCUGCACUCCUUACCAUACUGGCACGGCACUGGUCACUUUCCGCUGCCCUGGGGGAAGACUGCUCAGUCAUGCUGUCAUGAUCAUCAACUCCUGCAUCUGUCAUUACAACUGCCCCUAUUCAUCUGUAGGGGCAUAUAGAGGGACACCCUUCCUGGGUUAGACACUCACUCUCUUGCAGGCUGACUUUGGAUCUAGUAGCUUCACAUUGGAUGCUCUGGGUUUACAUGUCUUAUUGAGUGUUAGUUAAAAAAGUUACAUGGACCCAACUCAAGAUUUGAGCUUUCAAUUUAAUGACUGAAAAACACUUCUUCGACAUUAUUAUUAUUAUUAUUAUUUUAAUAAUGCAAACAUUGAGGGAACAUUCCAUUUUAGCAUUUUGCAAACAUUGUGGGAAUGAUGAAUGUUCUCUGAACAUUCUGAAACAUUUGAAAAACAUUAGAAGAGCAUCCAACUAAAACAUUUCAGAAAAAAAAUUCAUAACCGAUGUAUAAAUAUUGUUUUUGUACUACCGUUUUGAGAACAUGAUUAAAGACUAGAUAACACUGACCAAACAUUCUAUUAACAUUACUGGAAAAAUGUUUGCUCAUAACUUUGAGAGAACCUUAUACCAGAACGUUAGCCAAAGUUCUGAGAACAUUCCCUGUUAGUUGGCUCUGUACUUAGUAAAAUGAAAUAGUUUAAGAUCUGCCAGAAAUUUCAUUUUUAGUUUUUUUUCUUUUUCUUUUUUUAAUCUAUUGGGUUUACACAAUAGCAGCUGUUUUUACUUUGAGUCGGAUGAUACAUUAGGUCCACUUAAAGUACACUUGAAAAAUGCUAAACAAUUAUGUAAGAGCAAUAUCUUUGUCAGUUUUGUAUUAUAUUAUAGGAUAACAACUGUGGAUUUCAAUGAAUUCCAAAGUUGUUAGCUCACAAAAGAUGAAAAUGAUAUAAAAGAUAAAAUGUUUUCUCCCCUUCACCAAAAGGGAUCUAAGACGGAUUUGAACUGUACCAGAAAUAACAUUACAAAUGAAUGCAGAAGUUCUUCAGGCAUUGGUUAGAUGCUAUGUGAUAUCUACAGUUAAGUGUGGCACCUGUAUUCACUGUAGGCUUUUAUUUGAAGACUGACACUAACUGUAGUGUUUACAAAUUUCAUGCAAAAGAUUUACUGUAUAUAGUAUAUAUGUAAAUACUUUUUAUGUCUAUAUGUUUUUGUCAUUAAUACUAGAAUUUUUAAUAUUUGUGUUCAUUUUAUUGCACUGUCGUUUGCCACCUCACAACCUUGCAGUCAAAAGUUAAUACAGCAUUUGUCAGAUUCUCAAUAAUAAAGUUUUGUACUUGUCACCUUU